CCGAAACACCAAUUCCCCAUUCCCCAUCUCUUCCUUGCUCGUGCUCAUGGCCUUCUUCUUUUAUACUUUCUCCCUUUGAUAUUUCAAUCCUAUAUCCUCCUGUCCCGCAAUCUCCGGGCGCAAUGUCUGACGGAAUGUCGUCUUCUCACACCCAACUCUCCUCCGCGUCCUCCGCCUCCACCUCCCCCGCGAAGCUCUGCUCCAAGACCUACAAGAAAGCUUCCCAGCUCUACCUAACGCGACGUCUACCGGAGUCGCUUGCCUCUCUCCAACCAAUUAUCACCCGCCCAUCACCCCAAGAUGAACACAUCACCAAUGGCGAUCAUGCCGCCGCGGCCGCGCCAAUCGCCACCGCCCCCAGCACGUGGAGGAUCAAGGUCUGGAAUCUUUACAUUACGCUUCUCAGCGGAAUUGUAGACCUCGGCGCAGAGGAUGGAAAGAGUCAGUUUGGCCAGAAGGAGUGGAAAGCAAUCGCAACGCAAGUACGCGAAGGUGGGAUCUGGGAGACCGUCGUGCAGGUCGGUUACCGGGGCCGGGAAGGCUCCGUGGACGCCGAGGUUGUCUACAACUUGGCCACUUUAAUUCUGAAUCACUCAUCCUCCCAAUCGCUCAACCAACAACGUCUCGAGACCUACCUGUCAUCAUACGGGCAACCCAACCUAGAUCUCGCAGAUCGCCUCCAGGAUGCAUCAGACGGCCUUCAACAGCACCGUGUUUUGGCUGCCAAUGGAACUGAUACGCCGAAGGACCUGGCUGCUCGAGUGCGAAUCAUCGAGUUAUUCACUCUGCACGUGCUGCCUCGGAACGAAGAAUGGGAGUACGCACAAGAGUUCAUCAACUUGAGCGAGGUCUUGGAUGAGGAACGGAAAGAGCUUUUCUUGCAAACAUUGGAGGGUCUGAAGGAAGAGAAAGAACGAGGCGAAAUGCGCGCGGCCGAGCUCCAGCGCCAAAAGGACGCGGAACUUGAGCGGCAGCGAGGUAACGAGCGCCGGCAAGCCGAGGAAGAAGCAGCAAAAGCCGCAGCGGCCCAAACAAAUGGCCACAAGCGCAAUACUAGCGAGGUGGACUACGGUAUUGAAAAAAAUAGCCCACGCAGCAAAGCCAAGGCAUCCAAAGCGUCGGACAAGCCAACGCCGAGCGGCAAAUCCAGCUCACGAACGGCGCUUUCGUCCAACUCCAAGAGCUCAAAGAAGCAGGUUAAGCCUGAAUCUCGAACCCAAACUCGGGCCGUGGCGACCAUGCUACGCAAUCUAUUCAAGAAGAUUAUACAAAGCGUGUCUGGAAACCCACUCUCAAUAGCGCGUACCUUGCUAUUUGUGCUCGGUAUCUUGAUGGCUAUGAGCCGGCAGGAUGUGCGUGAACGAGUCCGCCGGAUCACGGGCUCAGCCUGGCAGAAGGUAAAGGGUACCGUCGGUAUGGGUGUGAAAGUGAGCUAUAUCUGAGAUAUUGGCUCACGAUGAGAUUAUUUUCAUUCCUGUGUGUUGUAACAUGGCCUAUCAUGUACAUUUUGUCUCUCUGGCAUGGAUACUCCCUCCUCGGCACGGGGGCGCUCGAUGUCGCAUAUACAUUUCCUUCGACUGUGAUUCUUUUGUCUAUCCAUGUACUUUACCAUCGAAUAUGAGAUCUUCCACGAUUAUGGAUGCGUGGUAAUGCUUCUUG